AUGGAGCAGCAACGUCACUUUAUUGAUUCCACUAACCCUCUUCUUGAAGAUCCAACCCGUUACCGUUGCCUUGUGGGCCGUUUAGUUUAUCUAACUGUCACAAGGCCUUACAUUAGUUUUGCUGCUAACUGCCUUAGUCAACACAUGCAAAUGCCAAGACAAGAGCGUCUUGAUGCCGCCCUUCGUGUUGUUCGAUAUCUGAAGGGUACUUUCAUGAAUGGCCUUUUUUUCAAUGCUAUGAGUGAACCCAUGCUAUGUGGAUAUUGUGAUUCUGAUUGGGCUAGUUGCCCACUAACACGGAGAUCUACUACCGAGUAUCUUACUUUGUUAGGAACUUCACUACUCUCAUGGAAGACAAAAAAGCAGACUACUGUUUCUCGGUCCUCCACUGAAGCUAAAUAUCGUGCCAUGGCCACUAGAACUGCUGAACUCUUAUGGCUGAAAAGAGUCCUUCAUGACUUAACCAUCAACACCCCCGCCAUGCAAUUACGUUGUAACAGCAAAGCGACAUUUCACAUAGCUGCUAAUCCCAUGUUCCAUGAACAUACUAAACACAUUGACAUCGACUGCCAUUUUGUAUGCGAACAUGUCCAAAGUGGUGAAAUAAARACAUUACAUCUGCCUAGCAACUCUCAACCAGCUGACCUCUUUACAAAGGCUCUUGGAUCUGACAAGUUUCAUCAUCUAGUGACCAAGUUGGGCAUUCAAGUCCUUCACGCACCAACUUGA